AUGGCGGAAACAAACAACAACGAAAAUGAACCCUGCUCAACAGGCUGUGUUAUCAACAUCUCUCCUGGCACAACGAAGUACUGGACUCCAGAGUGUGAAGCCACAAAGAAGCCUUUCGCGGGUCAAGUGUUUACUAGUUUGGAAGCUGCAAUUCAGUUUUACCAUACUUACGCAAAAAGUACUGGUUUUGACGUGCGUCGUGCAUCCGAGAAAAGGGACCCGCAUGGAAAGAUCACAUGGAAGUAUGUGUUGUGCUCACGUGCAGGCUUCAAACUUCCUACGGGCGAUGGGGAUGGCAUAGGCAUACUGACAACUGAUCACAAGAACACAACGAAAAGGCGCCGUGUCACAAACAGAGUGGGGUGCAAUGCAAAAAUAGUAUUCAAGCGAUUAGAUGGUGACAGUUUUGAGGUAAACUCAAUAGAGGAACGCCACACCCAUUCAUUAUGCACACCCAUUUCUAGACCAUUCAUGAAGGCAAAUCGAAAACUUGACCUUGGUCACCAAAAUUUCAUCAUCAACUGCUCAAACGCAAACAUCGGGUCAUGCAAGAGCUAUACACUAUACGAAGAGAUGGUAGGAGGUUUUGAGAAUGUUGGAGCAACAAUAACAGAUUUUGGUAAUUUCAAACGAGAUAUAAUGGCAUAUAUAGAAGACACAGAUGCCCAACUAGUGAUUGAUAAGUAUACAGAGAAAAAAAACGCGUCACCUGACUUCUAUUUUGCACACGAUGUUGACGAGCUAGACCAACUGUGCCGAAUAUUUUGGGCGGAUCCUCAGGCACGCCACAAUUUCAACAUAUUCGGUGAUACUAUGUCAUUCGACGCCACAUACGGUACAAACAGGUACAAGUUGGUGUUUGUGCCAUUCACCGGGGUUGACCACCACAAGAAGAGCGUGACAUUUGCAGCAGGACUAAUCGCCCGAGAAGAUGUGGACUCCUACACCUGGCUGCUCGAACACUUCAAAAACGCAAUGGGUAAAGUUCCAACAUGCACAGUUAUCGACCAAGACCCUGCAAUGAAAGCUGCAAUAGCCAGAGUUUUUGAUACAACUCGCCACAGAUACUGCAUGUGGCACAUCAUGACAAAGGUUUGCAAGAAGGUAGGGCCAACAUUAGCUAAGAGUGAUGGAUUCCUAACAAGCUUAAACAACGUGGUCUGGAAUGAGUUGCAAACAAUUGAAGAAUUUGAAACAGCUUGGCAAACAGUCAUGAAGGAUUAUAAUCUAGUUGAGCACAAAUGGUUUAACCACUUGUUCGAGAUACGUACACAAUGGAUACCAGUAUUCUUCAAAGACGUUUUCAUGGCUGGCUUACUCAGAACAACAUCAAGGUCAGAGUCGGAGAAUAGCGUAUUCAGCAAAUGCACUUCCCCCCACCUAAGUUUAACAGAGUUCUUCACAAAGUUCGAGAAAGCAAUAUACAAACAACGCCACUACCAAUUGCAACUAAACGCAGAAUGCGAGGGAAAAUUCCCAGAGCUGAAAACACCAUUAUUACUAGAGCGUCAAGCCGCCACAACGUACACUGUCGAAGUGUUUUACGAUGUCCAAAAAGAAAUAUUCGACGCGUGCUUCUCAUCCCAGGUUGUUAAGAAAACAAAUGAAGGAUGCACCCUCAAAGUUGAUAUAGAAGACCUAAACAAGUCGACAUAUUCAGUGGAGUACAAUUCUACAAACAGAACAGUACAGUGCACAUGCAAUAUGUUCCAUAGGAUUGGGAUACAGUGCAAACAUGUGUUCUUGGCAUUCAAGGCUGCAAAUCUGGACCGAAUACCGAGCCAGUAUAUAUUACCGCGAUGGUCACGCAACACAUGCUGGAAUCACACACAGAUCUACCCAAACACCAACCAGAAUGGUUCGACCGAACACGUGGACGGGGCUACAGGAAUGGGGACCGUAUUUGACGAGUUCUUCAAGUGUGUUGGGUAUGCAUACGGUAAUAACGACAAAAUAACUGAGCUGGCACACCUACUAAAAGCACACAGAGAGAAAUCAACAGAAAGCAUACCCCAGGACGAAACUAGAGCAUCAAAAAGCGAUAUCAUACGUAGCAUCUGUGGGUCCACCUCAUCACCAAACAUCAAGGUUCACCCCCCUGCAAUCGCUAAAAACAAGGGUUCUAGUAAGCGUUUCAAGUCAACAAAGGAGAUUGCAUCAACACUAACAGCCAAGGGGAUAAGUAGCUACUGA